GGAUUAAACACGUUUGCUUCUCCUCAGUCCAGAAUGCUGUCGCAUUUCUCUUUCGAAGGUGUCGUCGGUUGCAGAAUAGUUUUUCGAAAAUGUCUUGGAAAACUGUUUCCUUAAUAAUUGUGUUCGCGAUAAACAUUGCCGUCGGUCGUGUCUAUUAUGUCGAUAAUAUAGAUAAUUUGCGUAACAACAAUCCUGUUUUUGGUAAUCUCGAUAAUUUCGAGCAAUCAUCACGUGAUUUGGACUUGAGUUUCUCUGCGGGAGAUUCUGAUGACAGCAAUGAUUUAAAGGAUCACAUUCGUCCUAUAAAAAAGGUAUAUAACUAUGCUGUUCCUGGAACCUCUCUUUUGAAUGUUAAUAAAGAUAUCGAGCAUCCUGCGACUUAUUACAAGAUCUUUGAAUUUCCUACUGGAAGAACAGCUUUUGAAGAAGUUUUACCGAAUUUUGGGAGAAACAGGAAAUUCAUGAAAAACAAUGUUCGUAAAGGUGAAGUAAUAUUGGAAAUUCGUGUUAUUGCUAAUAACGAUGCAUCUGAGUGACAUCAAUGCUUUGGGUAUAUUUGUAAAAAUUGAUUAUGUUGAAUCAGAUAGUUGACGGUAAUACUUUAUUUUUGUUUCCACAUUGAAUAAACACAUUGUCCGCUGAAUAAUUUAUGCGACCAUAAUUUUGACGAUCUAGGUAAAUUUGGCGUUACCGAUUUUUCAAUUAAAUAAAUACUUUAACGAGAUACCUACAAGUUUUCCUUGUGCCAUAACAGGUGCGUCCUGAAAUGUACGGACAGUACUGCCAGUACCGUAGCCAACGCUGUGUCCUUAUUCAUCCAUACGCAUCUGAGAGAGACGUAAUUACUUUUACAGUACUGUCAGUACAUUCCGGAACUCACCCAAUGUAGAUUACAAAACAAGUGUCAAUAUUUAUAUAUUAAAUAUACCGAAUUGGACGAUUGA